CGCGGGUCCCGAAGAGAGAGAGAGAGAGAGAGAGAGAGAGAGAGAGAGCCUGCGGGGUCUGCCGGGCUGCCUCUCUCUCAGUCUCUCUGCGGCGGGAGCGGGGAUGGGAGUGGGAGACGCCGCCCGGACACCGACGCAGCCCCCACCGAGCCCAGCCCCUCGCCUCGGGCGACAGAGCUGCCGCCGCCGCUGUCUCCACAGCGCCCCUUGUGGCCACUUCUGAGCAGAGCGCAGAGCGCACCGUGCGGCUCAAGGCAAGGAAGGAGCCCCUCUUCCUCCUCCUCCUCCUCCUCCUCGGGCAUCAUGAACCCCGCCAUCGUCUUCAACAAGCUCAGCAGCCAAGUGCUCUUCGAGGACAGCGGCGCCUCGGAGAGGGAGCGGGGCGGCGGGCGGCCCUUUGGGGGCGUCCUGGAGGUCUCCCCGCAUCACCCCGAAGUCCUCCUCCCGGACAGACCCUCCAUCAAGGACAACCUCAGCCUCAGGCACCGCAGGACAGGUACACGGCAAAACAGUGGGAAGGUGAGACACAAACGCCAGGCGCUUCAGGACAUGGCGCGGCCAUUGAAGCAGUGGCUCUACAAGCACCGAGACAAUCCAUACCCCACCAAGACAGAGAAGAUUUUGCUGGCUCUUGGCUCGCAGAUGACUCUAGUUCAGGUAUCUAACUGGUUUGCCAAUGCAAGGCGUCGCCUCAAAAACACUGUCCGGCAACCAGACCUCAGCUGGGCUUUACGAAUAAAGUUGUACAACAAGUAUGUUCAAGGAAAUGCCGAAAGACUUAGUGUAAGCAGCGAUGAUUCAUGUUCAGAAGAUGGUGAAAACCCUCCAAGAAGCCAUAUGAACGAAGGGGGUUACAACACACCAGUUCAUCACACUGUGAUUAAAACGGAAAGCUCUGUAAUAAAGUCUGGAGUAAGACCAGAAGGGAAUGCCAAUGAGGAUUAUGUAUCACCCCCGAAAUAUAAAAGCAGCUUGUUGAAUCGCUAUCUGAAUGACUCAUUGAGGCAUGUCAUGGCCACAAACGCUGCCAUGAUGGAAAAAACAAGGCAACGGAACCAUUCGGGAUCAUUUAGCUCCAAUGAAUUUGAAGAGGAACUGGUGUCUCCAUCAUCUUCGGAGACUGAAGGCAAUUUUGUCUACCGGACAGAGACUCUGGAGCAUGGCCCCAACAAGUGUGAAAGUGCAGCUAACAGAAAGAGAUCGAACAAAGACGAGACGUAUUGGAAAGAGAUCAAUGCAGCAAUGGCCUUAACAAACCUUGCACAAGGAAAGGACAAACUGCAAGGAACAACCAGCUGCAUCAUCCAGAAAUCAUCGCAUAUAUCAGAAGUAAAGACUGUCAAAGUGCCACUAGUACCACCAUUUUAAAGCAAGUGAGAUGCCUUGCCUUUCAAGCGGACUUUCCUUUUUUUUUCAUACUAUUGGUUUCCCCAUAAAAUCAAGACAAGAGGUCUAAAACGAAUAUUGGAAAAUAAUUCCUUUUGUGUGAUGAUCUGUAAAAAUAAUGAUGGGUACCAAAAUCAUCCAGUAAAUAAGUACCACUAAAAUGGGUGGGAAUUUUUACAAGAGGCUGGAAGUUUUGUCGGCUGAUUUCCAUUUAUUUUAGGGGUGCUUGUUUAGAGGAUUUCCCAUGGACAAUAAACAGAUGCUCGCUCAGGCUAAAAUAUGUGUUGCUGUUGUUGUUAUAUAAAUGUAAAAUCAGUUCUAUAAAGGGCAUGUAAAUUAUGGAAGAAAAAGCCCUUCCAAUUUCUUUUGAAUCAAACUAUUAACUUAUUUUAUUGUAUUAAUCAAACUGCACAUUACGCCUCUGCAUUGCUAUAACAAUAAGUGCCUUGCUUUCUUACAAUAAGCUAGAACGUGGGCACAGCUCAAGACAACUGUGCCUCAAAGUGUCAAUGCCAUAACGCUUUAACCUUUGCAUGUAAUUCUAGAUGCAUCCUGAGUAAUUAAAAACUGACCUCAAAAAGGAGGAUUUUUUUAUUUUUAAGACCAUAUCCGUUUACCUUGUGCAAGGUAGAAUUUGGUAAGUCUCUGGAAUGAUAUUCUACAUCUCAAAAAAGAAAAGUUCACUUUGUCAUCAAGUCAUGUACAGUUUUUCUUGCUCAAGUGAAGAAGUUGUUACUGUUUGUACCUUGAUUUUUAAUCCUUUCCCUGCAUUUGCAAUAUUACCAAAACAGAUGAAGUGCAAUACGGUAGAGGAAAAUAGACAAUGUUUAUUUUUAUUUUGAGGAACAUCGCCACAUCUUUCUCUUUCUCCCUUCUUCCCAUAAUAUGAGUAUUCCUUAUCCAAAAUGCUUGGAACCAAAAGGAUUUGGGUAUUGUCUGCUUUUUAAAAUUUAAUUUAUUGUCAAAAGCAUUGCAUAAAUAAGUAUAAAACUGAUAAAAUAAAGGAAGCACAGGCAACUAAAUAAUUUUAGACAAAAAAUGGCC